CUUCAAUUGAAGCUUCCCCAUUUCAACGUUCAACCAUAGAAAUGCCAACCCCUCCACGCAACACAGUUUUUUUCCCCCAAAAAAUGAAUCUUUGAUGAUUUUGAAUACUCAAUCCGAACGCAUUCCUUCCACCGGAAAUUCACUUCUCGACCGAAGCAGGAAUUUGCAAAGAUGAUCAGAGCAACCAUUGAAUCAGUGAAGAAAUCUUUAAAAUACGGUUUUAGUUGUGCCUAGUUUCGAAAGGAACUCGUCACACAGUACACUCGCAGUGUGAAGAGAAGAUGGGAGUGAAGAAUCUGUGGGAUAUCUUGGAAACUUGCAAGAAAACUCUCCCCCUUCAUCAUCUCCAGAACAAGAGGGUGUGUGUGGAUUUGUCGUGUUGGAUGGUUCAGCUUCAAAAUGUGAACAGAUCCCACUGUCCAUUGAAAGACAAGCUCUAUUUGAAGAGUCUCUUCCACCGCCUCAGAGCCCUCCUUGCUUUGAAUUGCAGCCUUAUCUUCGUUACUGACGGCUCCAUUCCUGGUAUCAAAUUAUCUACAUAUAGGCGCCGCUUGAAUACAGGAAAUGAGGCAAUGCCAAUUGUACAUGCCAAGCAUACUAGUGAAAAUGUAUCAUCUUUGAAAAGAAAUAUGGGAUCUGAAUUUUCUUGCAUGAUCAAAGAAGCCAAGUUGCUCGGCAUUGCCCUUGGGAUUCAAUGCCUAGAUGGGAUUGAGGAGGCUGAAGCUCAAUGUGCUUUGCUGAACGCAGAAUCAUUAUGUGAUGGAUGUUUUACAUCAGAUUCCGAUGCUUUUCUGUUUGGUGCGAGAACAGUUUAUAGAGACAUUUGUUUGGGAGAAGGUGGUUAUGUUACUUGCUAUGAAAUGGACGAUAUCGAGAGAGAACUUGGGUUUGGAAGGGAUUCCUUGAUUACUCUUGCUAUUCUUCUAGGGAGCGAUUACACCCAAGGAAUUCGUGGGGUUGGGCCGGAGCAUGCUUGUCAGCUUGUGAGAGCUGCUGGUGAUUCGUCUGUUCUUCAGCGGCUUGCAUCAGAGGGCUUGUCAUUUGCAAAGAAGCCAAAAAACUCGAAAAAGAAGGGCAAAAUUACUGAGGGUGAAAAUAAAGAGAAUUAUGAUGAUAACAAGAGGGAUUUUAAUGGGAACGAAUCUGAUUUUCCAAUGGACAAUCAGUUUUUGCAAGUGAUAAAUGCAUACAUGAAGCCCAAGUGUCAUUCAGCAGACUCAGAUGCAGUGAACAGGGCUCUUGCUUCCUAUCAAGUCAACAACAACCAGCUGCAUCAGAUUUGUGCUCAAUAUUUCGACUGGACGCCUGAAAAGACAGAUGAGUACAUCCUUCCGAAGAUUGCUGAAAGAAACUUGAGGCGAUUUGCUAACCUUCGCGUCACUUCUUCCAAAUUAGACCUCCAUCCGCCAAUCAACGAGAUUCCAGUGAAAUGUCCUAUAUCUAGGAUUAUCAAGCAAAGAAAAAUCCAGGGAAGGGACUAUUUUGAGGUUUCGUGGGAAGACAUGGAUGGAGUCGAAGCAUCGGUUGUACCUGCUGAUCUUGUGCAGAGUGCUUGCCCUGAAAAGAUCAUGGAGUUCCGGGAGCUAAAAGCUCAGAAACAGAAGCCCAGUCGUAAACCAAGACAGAAACAGAAACGAGACACAAAGGAACUCGACAGAAAGCUCCAACAACUGGUGGACGAGAUUGAGAAGGAGAGCACCACCUCGAACGCCAUUGGAGAGACGAAAAUAGAUGCUCCCACAUCGAGACAGAAGACGGUCGACAUCGAGGAAAUCGAUGGAAAGCUUCAGGAACUGAUCAUCGACACAGAAAAGGAGAGCAGUGGUAGCGGCUCGAGUAAUCCAAGAGGAGGAAUGCUUCAGCAACAGAGGAUGAUGCACUUUGGUAGCAGCAUUGGUGGUUGCUCUGCUGCUGCAGAAGUUAUUGAUCUUAUUAGUCCGCUGCCGCCACGACGAUGUCCGGUGUCGAAGCCCCGAGAUUGUGUUGAGGUGAUUGAGUUGAGUGAUACGGAGAAUGAUGCCACACCUCAACAUGCGAGAAAAAUGGUUAGAGAUCAAGUCUCUACAGCAUAUGAUGACUACCUUUAUAAAAAAUCUGAUAACUGUGCUUCCAAAAGUAGUGUGAUUUUGCUUUGAUUAAUGAAAUGAUUGGAUGCAAAUUUUAUAGCAUUAAGCCCUCUUGAGGUUCUCCAUGAAACUCCUCUUUUGGAUGUU